AUGGUAUCAACGUCUUAUUAUGGGGUUGAUGAUGGAACACAAAUCGGUAAUAACCAUGACAAAAUCAUGACACACUGUCAUCUGUCCAAGCGACCAAAGACCUCCCAAUAUGACGGUUUGCCUGCCCCACGACACGAUCAGUACACCAUUGCUUGGAUUUGCGCGUUGUACAUAGAAAUGGCCGCAGCUCGGGCUAUGCUGGACGAGUUUCAUGAAGCCUUGCCUACCCAUGCGGACGAUAAGAACACCUACGUAUUAGGAGACAUCAAUCGGCAUAAUGUUGUCAUUGCGUGUUUACCAGAAGGGCAGUAUGGAACAAACAACGCAGCGAUCGUCAUGACCAACAUGAAACAGACGUUCCCAGCGAUCCGUGCAUGUUUGAUGGUUGGGAUUGGCGGCGGUGUGCCAAGCAAGGCUGAUGUACGCUUGGGUGAUAUUGUCGUCGGAACAAGAGUGAUGCAGUGUGAUCUUGGGAAAACUCUUGGAGAUGGACAACUCCAACGAACGGCGAUUCCUAGAAUUCCUCAUCAAUUGCUCGGUACGGCUGUGUCUUCUGUCCGCUCGAAGCAUGAACUAGGUCCUAGCCGAGUCUUAUCUAUCUUACAACAAAAGUUAGAAGGACAGCCCUCGUACUCUCGCCCGAUCUCACCGGAUCGUCUGUUUCAUGCGACAUAUGAUCAUGAAUCUCUAACUGGUAGCUGUGACGAGUGCGACCACUCAAAGCUGGUCCCACGAAGCAGCCGGGUUUCGGCCGAAGUAAAGAUCCAUUAUGGCGCAAUUGCCUCAGGUAUCCAAGUCAUGAGGAAUGGCACAACACGGGACAAGUUUGCUCGACAGCUAGAUGUCAUAUGUUUUGAGAUGGAAAGUGCUGGUCUGAUGGAUAUCCUCCCGUGUCUUCCAAUUCGGGGAAUCUGCGACUAUUCAGACUCUCACAAAAGCAAAGAAUGGCAGAGAUAUGCAGCAGCAACUGCUGCCGCAUACGCAAGGGAAUUGCUUGAGGAGUUACCGGUGACCGAAUCGCAUGCAAGCAUUGCCUUCAAGACUGAUUCUUGUAAGAAUGCAUACCAGUCUUAG